AUGGCUACCACCGCCGCCCUAAGGCGCGACGCCCGGCAACCUCGUCGCGACGGGAUUAAAGAUAGGGGGAAUGGCCCGAACGCACGAGAGAGACGCACCAGGCACUGGAGGUGCGGUUCCUCCGAGUCCGAGGAAACCUUCCUAUCCUCCGAAAGCAGCAUCUGGCUCGCCUCACCGCUCCGCACGCCCAGUCCCCCGAGCGUCGUGUAUGCUCCCGCCGACGCAGCCCGACGUGUCUCCCAGGACGCGAACUUUGACACCCCUUUUCCAACACCGCCACCUACUCCACCUCCUCUUCCAACCGACGCAUCAACCACGACACAGGACAACCCCCCGCCCCUCUCAACAACCUCCAGCAAACCAAUCCCCACCCCCCGGAGUCCACAACUGACCAGCAACCUACCCUCACCGACAACAACGACAACAACAACCACCCCACCUCCACCAACCCCCCUCCCCUUCCCCCUACAACCCCGCUACUCGCCCCCACACCGCAACCCCACCCCGCCCGGCCUCCCCUCCUACGUCCCCGCCGGCCCCGCACCCGCCCGCCGACCCAUCCGCCGCCCGGGCCUACUCCUGCUCCCGCCGCAGACACCGCCAGCGCAGCAGCAACAACAACAACGGCUGGAGCAGCCGCAGCCCUGGUACCCGCCGCGCAGCGCCCACGCCCUGAUGCGGCACCACCCGUACCUCGCCGCCGCCGCCGCCGGGGGUCGUCCCGGGUGGAUCGAUGGUCGGGGCGGAGUGGUGAAGGGGGAGGGGGGUGGGGAGGGACGGGAUCGGGAUCGGGUUGGUGCUGGGAUUGGUGAUGUGGGGGGUGUCGCUGGCCAUGCCGAGGGGGAGGAUGAGGAUGGGUGGAGUGUUGGGGGGGGUUCGUCGUCGUGGGUUGGGUGGAGGGUUUGUUGUUGUUGGUGGGAUGAUGGGGAUGGGGGUGCUGGGGAGGGGGUGUUUUGGGGGUGA